AUGAGUUCAAUGUGGCUGCUGGCCAUCUGCGCCUUCGUCGUCUACCGACUGUCCAUCAUUCUAUACAACCUUUUCAUUCAUCCUCUGAGAAACUUUCCCGGGCCACGGCAUUAUGCCGUCUCAUGGCUUCCAAAGUUCUAUCGACAAGUCUACAGAGCUGACUACUGGAGGCACGCCAAAACCCUCCAUGAAAGGUACGGCCCGGUCGUGAGAGUCGGGCCGAACGAACUGUCAUUCUCGUCGGCCCAAGCCCUGGAAGACAUAUACGGCCUCAAGACCAAGGGAAAACCCGAGUUCCCCAAAGAUGCAGUGUUCUACGACGUACGGGGCACACCGCUGAACGACUCCAUGAUCUCAGCCGACCAGCCCACACAUCGUGCCCUGCGUCGCCAAGUCGCACCCGCCUUCUCGGAAAAGGCACUCAAGUCCCAGGAGCCCAUCAUCCAGAGAUACGCCGACAUGCUCGUCUCGGAGCUUCGCGAAAGGGUCGGCCGAGACGUCGACAUAGUCGACUGGGUCACGUUUGCUACUGCUGACGUGAUGGCUGACCUGUCUACUGGCGAAUCACUGUACUGCAUGGACAAGGGCGAGAUGGAUCCCUUUGUCGAUAUGAUCUUGAACGUCUCUCCCUUCAUCGGCCUUCUGCAGCUCUUCAACAGACUGCCCGUGACCAAGUUUCUGUACAAGCUAGUUUCGAGUCAGAAAGGGCUGAAGACGUGGCUUGAAACGGUCGACAUCGUUGCACAAAAGGCCGAGAAGCGGGAGAAGAUGGGCAACGACCGGCCUGACUUCAUGACGCUGAUCUGGGCGGAGAACAACGACAGAGAGUCAUGGACGAGGGACAAGAUCAUCAACUUUGCGCAGCUUCUGUUUUUUGCUGGGAGCGAGACCUCGGCUACGACCUUGUCCGUCGUGAUCUUUCACCUUCUGACUAACCCUCACGCGUACAAACGGUUGGCCGACGAGAUUCGGUCGAUUGAACGCGAUGAAGAAAUCACGUUCGCUAGAUUGGCGUCCAUGGAGUAUCUCACGGCUUGCAUUGAUGAAGGCAUGCGCAUGCGCCCAGUAGUCGCCGCCGUGAUUCCGCGUGUUGGCCCUCCUGGUGGCGGGAUGGUCGAUGGCUGUUUUGUUCCCGAAGGGGCGGAAUCGACGGACGGCCACGUCAAGACAUUCGACAUCUCCUUAACAUACGCCUUCUUCGCAGUCAUGGGCGGGCUCCGCGUUCCUGUCUCGGACCUGGCGCCCCUCAUUUCCACAAAAGAUAUCCGCGGAAAGACGAUUCGAGAAGAGGUUCACAAGAAGCUCACGUCUCCCGGGUCGACUAUGGUGCUCACAACGAUGGGCGCGCAUUCGCUUGCGAAGGUGGGGAUGUGGUUUUAUGUCUCUGGGGGGUCCAUCAAGAACAAAAGCAAGGCAAACACGAUCCAGAAGGCACUGGUUAUGCUGCAAGUAUCCUGGAUGUUCUUGCAGUGCAUUGUGCGAAAGAUCUACGGCCUUCCUCUAACAUUGCUCGAGCUGCAUACGAUGGUCCAUGUUUUUUGCGCACUCAUGAUGUAUAUCUUUUGGUUCAAUAAACCACUAGAUGUCACCGAGCCCUCAGUGCAGUUCGAAGAACGAUGGUUUAACACGCUAGCCGUCCUUCUCGAAGCAUCGAGAAUCUUCUCUUCUAGCAUCCGAGAGGGUGACGCGAUUUCUGUCGAUUCCUCCAGCGACGCCAGAUUAGCACGUGUGGCCGAGGUGUUUGUGCAAGAGAAGCAGGACGCACUUGCGAAAAACCGAACCCAGCCUAGCCGGAAUUCAUUCCUCUACAGCUACCGGGGCGGACUGAUCCUCAACAGCGAGGGAGUGGUUCCCUUAGACAAUUUUCCUAAAUUAGCUAAUGGAAGUGGCUUAGAAGCCGCCGUGGAGUCCUUGCGCGACGGUGGCCCAACAAUUUUGGCGCUCACGCUCAUGCUACCCGCCGCCUACGCCGGCUUCCACCUGGCCGCCUGGAGCUGGACCUUCCCCACUACAGCUGAGCAGUUGCUUUGGAAGGUCUCGAGCCUGAUCAUAGCGGGAACGAUCCCGGCCAUAUUAACUGUUUGGGCGAACGGCAUCGCCUUAAAUUUUGUCGUGCGGAAUACCGCCUUAUACAUUGUGCGCGUUCGAGAGCGCAAUGCCACUAACGAGGGCUACGAGGCUGUUACGAAACACUUGUAA